AUGAACUUCAUCAGACGCAACUUCAGAGAUUCCACCUCGACGUCCGUCGUAGAGUUGGACGAGGAGCUUUUCUUUGACAAGGAUGGCCACCUCGAGUUUGCACCGAACGACCCCGAGAACCCAAAGAACUACUCGUAUGGACGCAAGUGCUACAUCACCACUAUCGCCGUCUCCCUCGUCAUGAAUGCCACAUUCUCAUCUUCUGCCCCGUCCGGCUCUUUCCAGGGUGUCAGCGAUGACCUCCACGUUUCUGUCGAAGUCGCUGGCCUCGUCACCACCCUCUUCCUCCUAGGCUACUGCGCUGGUCCGUUCUUCUGGGCGCCUUUAUCCGAGUUCUAUGGCCGUCGCUGGAUCUUUUAUAUCUCCUUCACCUUAUACCUUGCCUUUGGCUUCCUCUGCGCCUUUACGCCUAAUUUCGCCGGACUCUUGAUCGGUCGUUUCUUGACUGGCACGGCCGUCAGUGCUGCCCUGACGAAUGCACCUGGCAUCCUCGCAGAUAUAUGGGGGCCCGUCGAGCGAGGCAACGCCAUGAUCUUGUUUGCCACAAUGACAUUCGUGGGACCCGCGCUUGGUCCCGUGGUCAGUGGAUUCCUCCAACUCAAGGAGACGUGGCGUUGGACCUUCUACGUCCUCCUCUGGAUGGCGGGUGCCACCGAGCUUCUGCUGAUCACUCUUCCGGAGACCCUUCCCAUGAUGGUCCUGCGUAAUAAAGCCCGCCGCCUACGCAAAUUGCCCGGUAAGGAGAGCGUAAAAGCUCCAGUCGAGGCAUCGGAUCGCUCCCUGGGAGGUAUCUUCAAAGUCGCCUUGACCAGGCCUUGGAGACUUCUCUUCGACCCAAUCAGCUUCUUCGUCGCUAUAUACUAUGCCGUCGUCUAUACUCUGCUGUAUAUGCUUUUCGGCAUCUACCCUAUCGUCUUCCAGCAGAAGCGUGGCUGGAACGCCGGCGUCGGCGGCCUAGUGCUGUUCAUCAAUAACCAAAUAAACCAGGAAAAGUACACUAGCGACCGCAAAUCGGUCCCAGAAGAUCGCCUUCCUGGAGCGAUGGUUGGCGGGGUUAUGUUCGCCGUGACGAUAUUUUGGUUCGCUUGGACGGCGGAAUACAACUCAGUCCACUGGGCCGUGCCAACUGUGGCAGGCACCUUCCUCGCAACGUCAAUCCUGCUCAUCUUCGUCGUCUUCAUCAAUUAUAUCAUUGACUCGUACCUGAUGUACGCCGCAUCUGCCGUGGCAGCAAAUACGGUUUUGCGGUCCGGCUGCGCCGCGGCGUCCCCACUCUUCACGCAGUACAUGUUCGACGCGCUCGGCGUGGGAGGGGCUGGCUCGCUAAUCGGAGGCGUGGGCAUACUGAUGAUGCCCAUUCCUUUCGUUUUUUAUAAGUACGGCGCCGCAAUCCGGGCGCGGUCCAAGUUUGCGCCCACGGACGAGACGCCACACCCGCCUACGGAUGAGGAGAAGGCCGUAAAUAGUAGAUCGCCCAGCCACACCUUUGAGAAGGAGUACGAACCGGUUGAUGAGAACACUGGGGGCACGAGCGAGUGA